AUGACAGCGGAGCGCAGCUCGCAGGCUAGGCGCCCCAACGUCCUCUUCAUCAUCGCCGACGACCUCGGCUACUCCGACAUAGGAUGCUACGGUGCCGAGAUUGCCACGCCGGCGCUCGACGCCCUGGCGGCCGACGGCACCCGGAUGCUCAACUACCACACGGCGGCCGCGUGCUCGCCCACCCGCGCAAUGGUCAUGAGCGGGACGGACGCGCACCUCGCCGGCCUGGGCUGCCUCCUCGAGUACAAGUCGAAUCCGUGGGGCGCGCGCCGGUGGGGAGGGAAAGAGGGCCACGAGGGGUUCUUGAACCACCGCGUCGCGGCGUUACCCGAGAUCCUCCAGGAUAACGGCUAUGACACGGUGCUGAGCGGCAAGUCACGCGGGUUCGACAAGUCGUUCGCCAUGCUCCCAGGCUGCUGUAACCACUACGGCUGGGAGCCGGUCCUGGAGCACGGAUACCCGGGUAACAAAGUGGGCGGGCGACCGAUCCACGUCGAGGACGGGCGCGCAGUGAAAAUCAAGCCCAACACGACUAACAGCGCCGAGGGGUUCUACUCGUCCGACUACUACACCGACAAGUUUAUCGGGUAUUUGGAGGGGCUGAAACGCGACACAAGCGGCGACGCAAAACCGUGGUUUGGAUACCUCGCCUACUCGGCGCCCCACUGGCCGCUGCAGGCGCCAAAGGAGGUGCGGGACAAGUACAGGGGGCGGUAUGACGCCGGGCCGUACGCGCUGCGCGAGGCGCGGCUGAAACGCCUCGUCGAGCUGGGUAUCGUCGACGCCGACGUGGUGCCACAUGACGUCGUCCAUCCCGAAGGACAGGAAUGGGACAGCUUCACGCCCUACGAGAAGGCGUGUUCCGUCCGCGCGAUGGAGGCUUAUGCCGCCAUGGUAGACCGCAUGGACUGGAACAUUGGCCGCGUGGUGGACAUCCUCAAGCGCACGGGGCAAUACGACGACACGAUGAUCGUGUUCAUGAGCGAUAACGGGGCGGAAGGGGCCGCGUUGGAGGCGAUACCCGUGCUGGGGGAGAACAUCAAAGCUGCCAUUCACGAAUACUACGACAACUCGUUAGACAACAUUGGCGAGUGGAAUAGCUACACUUGGCUCGGCCCACUCUGGGCACAGGCCUCGACCGCCCCGUCGCGGCUGUACAAGCUCUUCCCGUCCCAGGGCGGCAUCCUCGUCCCCGCGAUAGUCAAGCCCGCGUCCGGUACGUUCCGUGCCGCACCAGGCGGGUUCUCGCGCGUCUUCACGACGUGCAUGGACCUCGCGCCGACAGUGAUCGAGCUUGCUGGGGUCAAGAUGGCACGCGCAGCCCCAGACGAGCGGGGGAGGAAAAGGGUGCUGCAUCGCGGCGUCGAGGUGCUCGGCAUGACGGGGUGUUCGUGGGUGCCGUGGUUCAGCCGUGGCGAGCGCGUCGUCGCGGGCGAAGCGAACGGCACUGCGAAUGGCGACGCCGACACGCCCCGCGACCCCGACGAGUGGGCAAUCUACCCCUCGACCCGCGCGAUCGGGUGGGAGCUGCACGCGAUGGCGGCGCUGCGCAAGGGCGACUGGAAGAUUGUGCACCUGAAGAAGAGCCACGGGGGGAAGAGCGGCGCAUGGGACAGCGCGGGCGGGUGGGAGCUGUUCGACGUGUGCGCAGAUCCUGGAGAAACGACCGACUUGGCGGCACAGUAUCCGCACAAGCUCGCCGAGCUGCUGGCCCACUGGGACGAGUACGUCGCUGAUGUCGGGCUUGUGUGGGGGCCGGGCGCGAUGGAGCCUGGUAUGACGCCGGACGCCGCGCCCGACCUCUGGGACGAGGACACGGAGAUGCAGCGGACCUGGAUCCAGGUGCCGCAGGGGGGCAAGGCGAGUUUUGACUGGGACAAGGUGUGGGGUGUUCGCGAGGGAUGGGAUCUGCGAUAG